AAACCAACGUUAUCAGUGUUGUAAAUUGCGUAGAUUUCAACGGAUUAAAAGAAUUUGGGUUUAUCAGUAACCUAAAACAAAAUAUUUGCUUAAAAAUUAUUUUUGAUCAUACCCCAAGAUGCCUUCGUUCGGUUUAUCGUUUGGCGAAAGUCCUGAAGAACAAAAAGAGGAUAAACCUAAAGAAACAUUUUUAGAAAUUAUCCACGAUAUUUCUACGCAUUUAACAACUCUUCAACAUGUUUUAGCUAUAGGUGUAUCUGCUUACGUUAUUUAUUUAUGUUUUCCCGGUCCAUUAAGUUUAAUUGCAUGGCACGUUUUCUUAUAUACAAUUGGGUGGAUUUUUUUAGUAACCGAAGGAAUUUUAUUUUCAAGGAGCGAAAACAUAUUCUCUAGCAGACUGACUCAAAAAUGGCGCAAUAUAGUCCAUUGGGCUAUAAUGGUAAUUGCGACAGCUUUUAUAAUAGCCGGAUUUGUGGUUAUUUAUGAACAUACAAAAGCCGAGGGAAAAAAUCAUUUCGAUACGGAACAUGCUCUACCAGGAGCUGUUGCCACUUUUUCGGCUUACAUUGUUUUCGUUUUGGGAGUCCCGUCAUUUUUUUGCAAUAAAGAGGGAGCUUUGAAUCCGAUCAUAAAAAUUUGCCAUGUAGUUCUGGGUUUAGUAGCCGUUUUAAGUGGAUUAGUUGCGGCCGCCACAGGUUUUCAUACAGCUUGGUUUAGAGAAAGAUCAAAUGCAAACAUGAUGAAAAUUUGUACCGUUACUGUGUCUGGGUUGUUAUGA